AUGGCCACCCUGAACCAGAGGCACCGGACGGGCCCGCACGUGAAAGUGCGAUCUUCGUGCCGGCCGCUCGACGGAAAGCCGUUCGCCAAGGUGGUGGUGCUGAAGACGUUGAUCAAGAAGUGCACCGAAAUGCAGGCCGAAUGUCAGCGCGUUCCCGCCACGAAGGGACGAUUGCGGAGAUUGAAGGAAGACACGAGCCGUUUUACCGAGGAGCUCCGCCGGGUCGAAGUUCAAGGCCAACACUCGAAGAUUAUUGCCAUCGCGGCGGGCGAGAGCGUCGGUCCGUCGGCACUCGACAUCAUCAACAAUCUGCUGAUGCACCUGAAGACGAGCGUCAGCACGCAGCACGAGUCGGCCUCGGAAGAGACGCAGUACCAGGAGGCGCUGAUCAAUGCGCUCGGUGAGUUCGCCAACCACCAUCCGGAUUAUCAGAAGAUCGAAAUCAUGCUGUUCAUCAUGAACACCGUGCCCGAUCCGUCGAACAAGAGCCGCGGCGAUCAGCUGCUGCAGAACAUUCUGCUGAAAAGCUUGCUCAAGGUCGGCACCCAGUACCGGACGGUGUCGUUCGAGAAGGCGUUCCCCGUGUCGUUCCUGCAGCCGCUACUCAAGAUGGCCCGGGCUGCCUCCAUACCGAUCCGGAUCAUCGUAAUGCAAAUCUUCCAGCAGCUGCUCGAUCGCCACCAGAACCAGCAUCUGCUGAAUGUGAUCGGCGUGAGCAUCUAUCCGACGCUCACGAUCGAGCAACCGUCCCGGUCGGACAUUCUGUUCACGCACAAGUACGGCUCGAACAUUCUGCAGGCGAUCAUCGAGAGCAUGUCGCAGGAGAACCAUCUCGAGGUGCUGAAAUCGUCCUACAACACGAUCGCCCUCGUGAUCGUCGAGAUGGCUUGUGGCGAGACGGUGCAGGAGAUUUUGCUGUUCAUUCUCGGCCUGCAGCAAGUGGCCGUCACGGAGGUGGAACUGUCGCCGAAGCAUCGUUGCAAUCUGCACAGCAUUGCCAUUUCGCUGCUCAUCCUGCUCGGGCGCUGUACGGUCAUCGGUACGCUGGUCGAAUACGCGGAGAAGCUCAUCGAAGCACGGUGCGAAGAGGCCACCUAUCUGUUGCCACCGCUGAUGGACAACGAGAAGGCUGCACCGGGGCCGCUCAACACCAACCAGCCGCACCUGCUGAUCGACAAGCUGGCCGUGGCCGAGUGUCUCCAGCAGGCGGGACUGGAAAACAAUCGCGUUCAGACGGGUACACCGUACGGGCUGAACCAAACGGACCUCCUGACGCAUCGACACUCUUGGGUCGAUACGCACAGUGCGGUCCGGAACAGUGUGGUCGAUUCGAGCUACAACGAAAUCGAAAGCGUUAGCAGCUCGCCCGGCGUCCAGAAGCGAUCGCUCGCCUCGGAGUACAACUUCGAGUCGAUGAAGCGGGUGCUGGCGGAACCGACGGAAGCCACCAAGCGGGAGGCUCGCGAGAAGCAGAUGCAGAUCGGGCGCGCCUUCCGCGAGACGGCGUUCGAGGAUUUGGUGCGCCGGACGGAACCGAAGCACGACGUCAUCCAGAACAAGCUGAACGAAAUCUUCACGGCACUGUCCGUCGAGCGGCAGAUCUCGUGCGGCAUCCAGGCCGGAUCACUGCUGGCCGGCAACGGUGGGUUGAACGGACCGCUGCUGGAUGGGGCCGGUAAACAGAUGGGUAUCGGUGGCCAGCGACCGAUCUACGAGAAUAACUUCCCGGAGCUGUUCUUCUAUUAGGGAGCAGUUGCAGGACUUUACGUUUUUUUGUUAUUUGAAUUCCAGUUCGCUUGGGAGAGGUGUAGGCAAACAUCGCAUCUUGUAUUUAUUAUGACCACGAGAGUUCCGUCUGUUAUCUGGUGCGUGCUAAUGAAUAAUUUAAUAAACUGCUGAUAAGAUAUCAAUUGCAA